CAGAGCCUCGUAUGCAGGAACCACCUCCUAUGUAUACCUACCUGCAACAGUGACACGCUUCGACCCGAGCCCCGCCAAAUUAACCCGCCCCCCCGCCAGACAGUGGAAAAGCUCCUGCACAGACCAUUCCAAACCCUGUGAUGUCAAGCUCCAUCUCCAACACUUAAGCGGGCGCGUCUCGGAGCAUUUCCACGCGCCGAUUCCAGCGUCGACUUUUUGUUUUAUUUUAUUUUAUCUAUCCGAUCCUCACAUCCGCCCCCCCCCUCGCCCCGCCCCCCGCAAGACUCUGAUGGAAUCGGCGGCAACCCAAUCGCACCGAUAAACCCCCCAUGAUCAACAGAUAGCCCAACAUGUCGAUCCCGGGUUUGGGCCACCUUGUGGCGCCACAACCAGCGUCCGCGAACCAGACCCGCACGAUCCGCCUCCAGCCCUUCUGGGAGUGGCGCUUCGAGGUCGCCUUCGACACCCACAUUAAGCUGAAGCUCCUCUCUGGCACGGCGGAGAAGGACGGCACCGAGCUCGCCCUGCAGCACGCCUACACCCUGGCCGGCGUCCGGUCCAAGAUCCUCACCCUGCAGGGCUGCGAGCUCGAGGUCGAGGGCGGCCUCGCGGCCGAGUCGGUGGCCGAGUACGCCCGCCCGCAGGACUCGCCCGCCAACUCGGUCCUGAACCUGCACUUCCAGCUCACCGCCAUGCGCCAGCGCGCCGCCGCCGAGCGGAGGGAGGGCCCGCGCGUCGCCGUCUGCGGGCCGCCCGCCUCCGGCAAGACGAGCCUCGCCCGCACCCUGGCGAGCUACGCGGCCCGCGUCGGCGCCCAGCCGCUCGUCGUCAACGCCGACCCCAAGGAGGGCAUGCUGAGCCUGCCCGGCACCCUGACCGCGAGCGUCGUCGCCACCGUGCUCGACAUCGAGGCCGUCGACGGCUGGGGCACCACCCCGACGAGCGGGCCGAGCCAGGUGCCCGUCAAGCUGCCGCUCGUCUACUACUACGGCCACGCCGCCGCCGACGAGGACCAGAGGAAGUACCAGGAGCUCGUGAGCAAGAUGGCCGCCGCCGUCACCUCGAGGUUCGGCCACGACCCGGAGGUCAAGAGCUCCGGCAUCAUCAUCGACACCCCGGCCGUGUCCGAGAAGAGCAGUGUCGGCAUCGACAUCCUUGCCCACGUUGUGGACGAGCUCUCAGUCAACAUCAUCAUCGUGCUGGGCUCGUCACAUCUUCACGCGGAGCUGACGAAGCGGUUCUCGACACAGAGGACCAGCCUCGGGGAGCAGUACAGUAUCCUCCUCCUGGACAAAUCAGACGGCGUGGCCGAGCGCGACGUGGGCUUCACACAGCAAGCUUGUGAGGCGUCGAUCAAGGAGUACUUCUUCGGCAGCAUCGGCCAGACCCUCAGCCCCGCCACGCAGCAAGUCGAUUUCGACAGCCUGGCGAUAUUCAGAAUAGGCGAUUACUCUAUGUACGGCAACGGCGACGACGGCCUCAUGCGGGUCGACGCGGGCCAGCUCAUGGCGCACUGGACCCUCGCCAUCGUCUACGCGUCGGUUAAAGACCCGCCCGAGACCAUCAGGACGGCCACCGUCAUGGGCUACGUGUACAUCGCCGACGUCGACAAGGAGAAGCGCAAGCUGAGGAUCCUGGCGCCGGUGAGCGGCCGACUCGGCGACCGGCCGCUGCUGAUGGGCAAGUGGCCGGAGCCUUUCAUCAACCUACUGGGAUAGCGCACCGCAAAAUGAUACCACCUUUGAUUGUUUCGCCUUUUCCCGCUUUGUUUCUCAUUGGAUAUUUGGGAUGUCGCCCUCGAUCCUCGCUCGUGAAAUCUUCCAUUAGUGUUAGGGGUUUGGUUUGAUCCAGCAGACACGGGUCAGGUGAAGCUAGGCCCAACCUGUCUUUCGACACUGCGCCCAAGUUGUUUCCGAUGGCGUCUGCUGCAGACGUCCAACAGCGUUAGACAUGGUUAAAACCGGGCAUGCA